AACGGGGGGGAAUCGAAUCGACCACCGGUCACCAUCAUCAUCAUCACUGCUCUUGAAGGGCAACUCGAUUACGAUGUUCUCUGCGGUCGUUCGCUUCUCGUUACGUGAGCGAUGCUGGCGAGCCGGCUCGAGGGGCAUCACCGGGGCCGCCACGUGGAGGGGGAGGAGAGCAGAGGUCGUGCCGCGCGCUGUCAUCUCACCUCUGUGGAAGCAGCAGCAGCAGCCGCCACGCCACCCGAGUGCAGUGUGCGCUCGCUUCCUGGCGGACAGCGCCACCGCGGACGCCUCGGUGCACGACCGAGUGAUGCUGGUGCUGAAGGCGUAUGACAAGGUGGACCCGCAGAAGCUAACGCUAGAGUCUCACUUCCUGAAAGACCUGGGCCUUGACAGCUUGGAUCAAGUGGAGCUCAUCAUGGGCAUCGAGGAUGAGUUUGGUUUUGAAAUCCCCGACUCGGACGCAGAGAAGCUGCUCACAGCUAAGGACGUCAUCGCCUACGUCAGCAAGAAGCUCAGCGAGUAGCACGCCGGAGAGCCGGGGGGGGGUGGCGGCAUCACCGGCGCGGCUUGAGGGUGAAAAUCGUCGUUAGCUUCGGCACUGAACAAGACGCACCUUUCACUAUUUAAACAAUAAAAUCUGAACGCGAAAGAAA